AGUAUCACAUAUUCCCACCCCUCGUUACGUUAUGGGUAUGUCGCGUGCUCGAGCGCGGUGUUGGCGCUGCCCGGUUUGUGUAUUUCAUUUCACUAUGGCGGCGGUCAAUUGCGGAGGAGGACAAGUUGCUUCGAAUUGCCUCCAGUUUAACUUGGGUCGGCAUUAACCUAUAGACGCUAUCGUUAUUCCUGUUUCGUCUGAAUAUCAAGAUAUCACAAAAACCCAUGGCUUAACGGGGAAUCUUCUUGACAUCUACGGAACUGUUGGUGCGUCUGUGGCUGUCUGUAAGACUUGGUUUUCCGUGACCACUUAAGCUAUUUAGCAAGCCAUCAAGCUAUCUGAUAAAAUCCCGGAUUUGUGUUUAUUUCUGUUAAACAAGUUGGCAACUACUUUCGACGGCGACUAACACCACUUCUACUGACGCCGAAGACUCAAAGGAACACGGAUUUACACAAACUCCUUUUUUUGGCUCAGUCGGGAAAUAUUGUUGAUUUGCAAGCUAACAUUAGCUAUCUAAACCAACCAACAAACCAACCAACCAACCAUCCAGCUAGCUAGCUUGCUAACAUUAUUUGGAGAACAGACCAAGUUAGGCAGCUCUUUUAUAUUUAGAAAGCCACAAAAGGUAUUACAUUUUGAGCAAGAUAAAACAAUUUUGGGCGUAUCACGGAUAAGUCAGACUGAAUCACGGAUGAAUAUUUUCCCCGACAGACGUCAGCUAAUAGACUGGAAAGUGUGCUUCUGUUGUGGGGAGGGGUAGCUAGGUAGCUAGCUAGGUAGGAAUGCUAGCGAGCCAGUUGGCGAAUAUUAGCUAACGUUAGACGUACAACCGUUUUGCGGGAUGCGUGCUUGAACUUUGCAUCACAGUACAACGUAUAGACAUAGCAGUUAAGUGUCUGUGGCAAGUUAUCUCAAGUUAUCCCUAAAUGUUAGGUGUUUGCUGUGAGAGUAACUAAUGCCUUAAGACAAAUUCUUAAACAACGAAAGGUAACGUCAAAAUCUUGGAGGAUUUGUUAGCAAUUUUCUAUCAAGGUGGCCACAGAUGGCCAACAGUAUAUGGUCUCUGCGAUUGUAUAACUGCACUGACUAGGUUGCCAACAAAUGGGUAACGGUUUCUAAUUCAUUUGGCACUUGUUUUGGAGAAUCGGUGUUCGUGUUCUCUUCGAGGAAUGUGUCUGCGUCGUUCGCCAGUUUACCGUAGGUAACCCCAAAGAUUAACAUUAUUCACCGUUUAGCUGACGUUAGCUAGCAUAGUGCAUUCAACAUGGGUUACCACUGAGUUAAGAACCUGCAGGUCUGGCCUAAAACGCCUUCAUAAGAGAGGUAUAUUUUAUGGAUUUUGACAGCUAUAUUUAAACUGGGGUAAUUUUUCCGACACCAUGGGCAUCUUUGUAGACGGUACACUUGCUUAUACAUGAUAAUGAGUUUAUGUUUGAGUUAUGUAGACAGUUAGGUAUUACGUUAACUCCUUGAUGAGGUCCCCCCCACUACAUUGACAUAUUUAAAGGGGUCGGAGAAAACAUAAGUGGUAUUGGUGGAUACCCUGUCGCGGCGAAUAUCUUAAUCAACUAUUCCAUUUUAGUUUGGGGAGUCUAGAAAGUCAGUCAUUCUGGAUCAAGAAACCUUGUCCUUCGUAUCUGGUUGGAGUAACACUCCCAAGCCAUCAUCAAUGCCUUCAGCGCUGGCCGUUUUUACCUGCCGCCCGAAUUCACACCCUUUUCAGGAACGUCAUGUCUACCUGGACGAGCCAGUCAAGAUUGGGCGAUCUGUGGCUCGCUGUCGUCCUGCUCAGAACAACGCAACGUUUGACUGCAAGGUGUUGUCCAGGAAUCAUGCACUCGUCUGGUUCGAUCACAAAACGGGCAAGUUCUAUCUGCAGGACACCAAGAGCAGCAAUGGCACCUUCAUCAACAGCCAACGUCUGAGCCGGGGCUCUGAGGAGAGCCCGCCCUGUGAGGUCCUGUCGGGUGACAUCAUACAGUUUGGAGUGGAUGUGACGGAGAACACGCGGAAAGUCACCCACGGUUGCAUAGUGUCUACCAUCAAGCUGUUUCUACCUGAUGGCAUGGAGGCGCGGCGACGAUCAGAUGUGAUUCAAGCACCAUUACCACUGCCUAUUGAUAAGGUGGCUGCCAACACGCCCAGCAUGUACUCUCAGGAACUGUUCCAGCUCUCACAGUAUCUGCAGGAGGCCUUACACAGGGAGCAGAUGCUGGAGCAGAAACUGGCCACACUGCAGAGGCUGCUGGCCAGCACACAGGAGGCCUCGGAGAGCAGCUGGCAGGCUUUAAUAGAUGAGGACCGGCUACUCUCUCGACUGGAGGUGAUGGGGAACCAGCUGCAAGCUUACUCUAAAAACCAAACAGAAGACGGCAUCCGGAAGGAGCUGGUUAACUUGCAGGACGACAAAUUCAACUAUGAGACUACAGCCAAAGAGUCCCUGAGGCGGGUCCUUCAGGAGAAGAUUGAGGUGGUCAGGAAGCUGUCAGAGGUGGAGAGGAGUCUGAGUAACACGGAGGAUGAGUGCACACACCUGAAGGAGAUGAACGAGCGUACGCAGGAGGAGCUCCAGGAGCUGGCCAACAAGUACAAUGGCGCCGUCAACGAGAUCAAAGACCUCACCGACAAGAUCAAGCUGGCUGAGAGCCGGCAGGAGGAGCUGACUCAAAAGGGGCAGAAUGAGAAGAAGGAGCUGCAGAUGCGCAUCGAGGAGAUGGAGGAGAAGGAGCAGGCCCUGCAGGCGCGCAUCGAAGCCCUUCAGGCAGACAACGACUUUACAAACGAGAGACUUGCAGCACUGCAAGUCAGGUUAGAGCAACUACAGGAGAAAAACAUAAAGGAGAACAACAGUUUAGGUAGCCCAGAAGGGGACUGUCUCCACAGUCUUGAUCUCGCUACAGAGGAAGACCACUUUCUUUUAAAGAGUGGAGGGGACUGCACUUUAAUCCAUCAGUUCAUUGAGUGCGAGCCUGUGAAGCAGUUGAAGGAGGCAGUGGACUCCUCAAUACACAAGUUGUCCAACUUCGAUGAAGUCAUAGAUGCACACCUCCAGAACAACCAGACUGCGGGUGACAACAGCCUGGCCAGUCCACUGAAAGAAAAUCAAAUUGAUGCUAAAGAGUCCGAUAUGUCAGACACGCUCAGCCCCAGCAAGGACAGAAGCAGUGACGACACUUCAGACGGACAAAUGGAUGAACAGGAGAUGAACGAGCCCCAGAACAGCGUGACCCUUCUCAAAGCUCUGUUGGAGGAGGAGAGGAGGACCAACCGCCAGCAGACGGAGGAGUCCGCCAAACAGAUCCACUUCCUUCAGACCCAGCUGCAGAAGCUGCAGGCUGAUAUGGAGACCUUGAGGGAGCAGAGGGAGAACACCAUCAGCACCACCCGUGAGGAGCUCUACAACGCCCAGGAGGAGGUCAUCCUGCUCCGCCAGGCCGUGGACGACUCCAACCACGAGCGGGAGCGCGACAUCGCCGCCCUGCAGUCCGACCUCAGCGGCGUCACCACUGAGCUGGACAAGUGGAAGCAGGCGGCCGCCAAAUAUGAGGUGGAGAUCAGCACCCUCCAGGCCAGCUUCCAGCAGCAGAACAAGCACCAGGAGAAGGCGGUGCAGCUGCAAGGUGAGCUGGACAAGCUGCAGCAGGAGUGUGGCACUUUGCAGAAAGAAUGUGAGAGUCUGCGCUCAGAGAAAGGCUCUCUGCUGCAGAAGCUUCAUCGGCUGGAAGGGGAACUGGACAGCUCCAGGGAGGAGAGUGCCACUCUCAGCAGCAGUCUGAAUGCGCUGGAGAAGUCCCAGGGAGCCUUGCAGAGCCGCCUGGGCUCCAUGCAGGAUCAGCACCUGCAGGAUGCCAGUAUGCUCAAGAACCAGCUGGCCCAGGCCGACAGUCAUACCAAGAGCCUACAGAGAGAGUAUGAGGACACUCAGACACAGCUGUCGGAUCUGAGGCAUCGCUAUGAGCGGACCGAACAGGAGAAGUCCUGCAUCAACGCCGAGCUGGAGCAGUGUAAGGUCAACCUCAAGCUGCUGCAGGAGAAGGGGAAGAAUAGCGGCUGGUUGCCAUGGAUGCCGGUGGUUGCUGUGAUGGUUGCUGUGACAGCGGCAGUUCUUUAUCCCGGCCUGUCGAAGAGCACCUCCUGAGAGUGAGGCACAUGUGUGCACUCUCAAAGUUUACCCUUCCUCCAAGAUACACACUUACACACACACACACACACACACCAUCCUACGUGCUCCUCACCCUCCACACGGACACAAAUGCAUCCCACCCCCUCCUCCUUGGGUCCCUUCUGUUUUGAGGCCCCCCAAGGAGCCGUAGUGCAACUGUAUAAAAUGUAACUGUAAAUAUAUAUAGAAUAAGAGGGAAUAAAAGUUGUUACUUCUACUGUAGAGAAAAGCUAUAUCUGCUGUUUUUCUUUUCAUCCUGAUUGUUUUUUUGUCAUUAGGUGAGAAUGUUGACUUCACAAUGGCCUAAAAUAGGCUUUUUCUCUCUUGGUUGGGUACCAAACUAUUGGCAAAGUUCUGGUUUCCUUUCUUUUUAAUUUUCUUUUCUUUUCUUUUCUUUCUGUGGUUUGCCAUGUUGGAUUUUUGAUCUGGUAUUCCAAAUAGAUGUAAAAGCCAAAUCCUGAAUCUUAACAUCUAGGCACAAAGGGUGAAGUGCCUAAUGUAUCUACUUCAGAGCUAGACGUGUGUAUCUGUGUGGAUGUGUGUGUGUGUGUGUGUGUGUGUGUGUGUGUGUGUGUGUGUGUGUGUGUGUGUGUGUGUGUGUGUGUGUGUGUGUGUGUGUGUGUGUGUUACGCACUUAAUUUAACACCUGCUAGUUGUCAUCCAAGUGCCACACAGACUUGUGCAGCAUCAAUUUAACAAGGAGUCGAAUCAGUGUGACGAGACAGGAGGAUGAAGCAAUGUUCUAAACUCAACGAGUCCCUCUGUGCUCUAAGUGUCUGUUGAAAUCAAAUGUUUGUAGCACAAAUAUGUGAGUGUGUACUCUAGCAUUGUUUAUUUGUGUUGUGUGAGCAAAAUAAUGUUCCUGUCAGACACUACAAAAUGUAGGUAAUUUGAAAUUAAAAUGUUCCUUGAUA